CCGGAUCAAUUAUGAUGUCAAUAAACCCACGCUAGACACAUCGCGCAGAUUUAUUUCCGAACGUGACAUGUCAGAAUCUCAUUUGUUUAUGUGACGCUCCCUACGUGUCCCUCUACGGUUUUGACUUGCGUAUUUACUGAAGCGCCAAAUUAAACCUCUAUUAUGGCAGCUUUAAUUAAUGUAAUUUUUUAAAUUUAAUUAAUUAAUACUUUCACACUUCUCAGUUAAAACCCUGUUGACCUUCGGAAACUGUCUGCGCUGCUUUUCUCCGAUCUAUCUUCAGGGAGGGAGAAUCAACCACAAAAAAUCUUUAGAGCUUCUUCUGCCGAGGGUGAAGCAGAAAAGAACAAGAACCAGGGCUACCAGUCUUGACUGUUUCUAAGGAUGAAGAAUAUCGAGCGCCUGGCGAAUAUACUUUUAACAGGUUUGACACUGGCUCCACUGGUGGUAAAUGUAGAUCCAAAUCUAAAUGUAAUUUUGACAGCUAGCCUGACAGUGUAUGUUGGUUGCUACCGAUCUGUUAAACCAACUCCACCUUCAGAAUCAAUGUCCAGUGAACAUGCAAUGCGGUUUCCCUUGGUUGGGAGUGCAAUGUUGUUGUCACUGUUCUUGCUUUUUAAGUUCCUAUCUAAAGACCUGGUUAAUGCUGUUCUGACAUGUUACUUCUUCGUCCUCGGCAUUGCAGCUCUUUCAGCAACACUGUUACCUGAAAUUAAACAUUUCUUGCCAACAAAGUGGAACGAUGAUCACAUUGUAUGGCGUUUUCCAUAUUUUCACUCUUUGGAUGUUGAGUUCACAAGGUCUCAGAUUGUAGCUGCAAUUCCUGGAACUAUUUUCUGUGUAUGGUACGCAAAGCAAAAGCAUUGGCUAGCAAACAACAUAUUGGGGCUUGCAUUCUGCAUCCAGGGCAUAGAAAUGCUUUCUCUUGGUUCAUUCAAGACUGGCGCCAUCCUUUUGGCUGGACUUUUCGUAUAUGACAUUUUCUGGGUCUUUUUUACCCCAGUGAUGGUUAGUGUUGCAAAGUCCUUUGAUGCUCCUAUCAAGCUUUUGUUCCCGACUGCAGAUUCUCAACGUCCAUUUUCAAUGCUGGGCCUUGGGGAUAUUGUUAUACCUGGAAUCUUUGUCGCAUUGGCACUCCGCUUUGACGUCUCCAGAGGAAGGUCAAGCCAAUACUUCACAAGCUCAUUCAUAGGCUACACAGCCGGUUUGGCUCUGACCAUCUUUGUGAUGAACUGGUUUCAAGCUGCACAGCCAGCACUGUUAUACAUUGUACCAGCUGUGAUUGGAUUUUUGGCCGUGCAUUGCCUUUGGAACGGCGAUGUAAAACCUUUGCUGGGGUUCGAUGAGUCCAAAUCUAAGGCGUCGGAAGUUAAUGAAGACGACUCCACCGCCGCAGAAAACAAAAAAACUGAGUAAAUCUCUGAGAAUACACAACAGUAGAAGAAAAAAAGACAAUCCUGACUCGUUGGGAAGAUGAGGCACUGAUUUGUUGUUGUAUCAGAUUUUUAUUCUUAAAAAGCACGAGUAAAUAUUUUCUUGCCUCUUAAUUAGUACUCCGUACUACGUAUUUUCCCAACAGCAUUUCAUAUCAUUCUUUUAGCAUUACUAACUAAUUGCUAGCUUAUUAUUUUAUUGAUCUGCUUUAAAAUGAGGAUAUGAACUACCUGUUGGAACACAUUUUCCCCUAAUAAUUAUGACUUUAAAAUGUUAUAAAAUUCUGGGCAAUUUUAUA